AUGGGGAACGCGGAGAGCCAGAGCGUGGAGCACGCCUUCUACGGGGACAAGCAUGCCAGCCUGGGCCGCAAGCACACUUCCCGCUCGCUUCGCCUCUCCAAUAAAGCCUCUCGCCGGACGCGACACGCUUCUUCUGGAAAAAUUAUCCAUCGUAACUCGGAAGUGAGCACCCGCUCCAGCAGCACCCCCAGCAUCCCCCAGUCCCUCGCGGAGAAUGGCCUGGAGCCCUUCGCCCAGGAGGCCAACCUAGAUGACUUUGGAAGCCCCAUCUGGGUGGACCGUGUGGACAUGGGCCUGCGGCCCGUUUCCUACCACACUGACUCCUCUGUCACCCCCAGCGUGGACAGCAGCACUGUCCUCACUGCUGCUUCCGUCCAGAGCAUGCCCGACUCGGAAGAGAGCAGGCUUUAUGGGGACGAGCCACCGUUCCUGGCAGAGGGCGAUGGGAGGUCACAUCGAUACGCAGCCAACGGGACAAACUUCAUGGAGACAGCCAGCUUCAAGAAGAAGCGCUCCAAAUCGGCUGACAUCUGGCGUGAAGACAGCCUGGAGUUUUCACUUUCCGACCUCAGCCAGGAGCAUUUAACGAGCAACGAGGAAAUCCUGGGCUUGACCGAGGAGAAGGAUGCUGAGGCCACUCAGGGGACAGAGACGAGACUGGUCGCCUGCCAGCGUGCCAGCUCUAUGAGUGACUUGUAUUCCCCCAAAACCCCGAGCGCUACCGUCAAUGGCAGCUCGCGAAAUGCCUUUGGAGGGUAUUGCCGGAAUUUAGUGUCCGACAUCCCAGAUAUAGGGAGCCAUAAGAUGGUAUCGGUUACUGCUGAGGAUACGCCUUCCUACAGUAAUUACAAUACUCUGCCCUGUAGGAAAUCCCACUGUCUUUCUGAAGGGGCCACCAACCCACAAAUUAGCCAUAGUAACAGCAUGCAAGGCAGAAGGGCGAAAACUACUCAGGAUGUCAACGCAGGCGAGGGGAGCGAGUUCACCGACAGUGGGAUCGAGGGAGCAGCCACUGACACCGACCUCCUUUCUAGACGCUCCAAUGCUACCAACUCAAGUUACUCCCCGACGACCAGUCGGGCUUUCAUCGGCAGCGACAGCGGGAGCAGCUCGACAGGCGACGGGCUUCGCCAGGGGGUGUAUGAGAACUUCCGUCGGGAGCUGGAGAUGAGCACCACCAACAGUGAGAACCUGGAGGAGGCCGGCUCUGCCCUCAGUGAUGAGCAGAGCAGUGGCACCCUUAGCUCCCCAGGGCAGUCUGACAUCCUCCUGACGGCUGCCCAGGGCACGGUACGGAAAGCUGGCGCUCUGGCAGUGAAAAACUUCCUGGUGCACAAAAAGAACAAGAAAGUGGAGUCGGCCACCCGCAGGAAAUGGAAGCACUACUGGGUUUCUCUGAAAGGAUGCACACUGUUUUUUUAUGAGACCGAUGGCAGAUCUGGCAUUGACCAUAACAGCAUCCCAAAGCACGCUGUCUGGGUGGAAAACAGCAUAGUCCAAGCGGUGCCUGAACACCCCAAGAAGGACUUUGUCUUCUGUCUCAGCAACUCCCUUGGGGAUGCUUUCCUCUUUCAG